UACGCAUUUUUGCCCACUGGUGCCCCAAAAUCCGCUCGAUUUCUGGACAUCCAUGGACGUGUUUUGGAUCCCUCAUCUCACCAUCCUCAUGCUCCUCCACCAAACCAUGAGCGCCAGCGACACCAAGGAGGUGAACGGGGUCCUGGGCAGGUCCGUGACCUUCCAGAGCCGCAACCCAGACAGAAUGACAGCACUCUGGUUUUUUGGGAAUGAAGCCAUAGUGACUGUGAUAUUUGACGGCCCUCCUCGACCUGCAUUUCAUAAAGAGGAAUUCAAAACCCGUUUUUCUGUCUCCAAGAGCGGCCACGCGCUCACCAUCUCCCAGCUGAGGAUGGAGGAUGCCGGGACCUACUCUGUAACAAUCAACGGAAAAAGAUCCGCCUUCAGCCUGCAGGUGUUCAGGGAGCUGGCAGAGCCCACGGUGACCUGCGAGGCCCAGAACUGCUCGGGCGGGAGCUGCAGCUCCUCCCUGCGCUGCUCCGCACACGGAGGGAACGUCUCCUACACCUGGAGGGUGCGGGGUCGGACUUGGGACGGGAGCUCCGUGGUGCUGCUGGUGAACCAAACAUCCCAGGAUGGGCUGGAGACAGUGAUGUGCUCGGCACGGAACCCCGUCAGCAGCAGGAGCAUCAUUGUCACCAACCUCGGGGAGCUCUGCGCAGGCGCCCUCUCCAGCGGCCAGGUCGGGGUCAGGGCUGGGGUCGGGGUCAUAGCCGGGAUUUUGGUCCUGGUCCUUUUGUUGAUUUUCCUCAUGGUCCUGUGGAAAUCCAAAGUUCCAGGGGCCACAAACGACUACACAACCGUGUACGCCGAGGUGGGACCUUCCCAGCAGGUGAGUCUGGGGAUGGGAACACCUUGGGGACACCCUGGGGCACUCUGA